CCCCCUGACCAAUAGUAGCUAAAGUUGAAUUUGCACCUAGGUAUGAAGACUAGGGAAUUCUAGGAAACUGAACAACCUCAUCUGUUGGUCCCGACAAUUACAUGUAUCAGCUAUUACUGCUCCUUUCUUCUCCUUUGUUGCUGAGGUCGACUUUCCCCUGACCUCAAGAUUCCUUUUCUAGCUGUCACUCUGCUCUCUGUCGCUCCUCAUCUCCGAGAGCGCAUUGGAAAUGAAUGAGUACAUGUCUCUUUUUGUCUCUGUCUGUCUGCCAGUGUGUGUGCAUGUAAAUGAGUAAUCAAACUAAUGGUAAACACCCUUAUUCUAUUCUCAGGUCUGGACAAGGCUCCACUCUGCUGGGGUAAAUUGUGGGUCAGUGUAAGGAGGUGGACAAUGCUGCAAGGUCACGGCAGGUCCCAAUGUCUCCGUCUGAUUUCCUGGACAAACUGAUGGGGAGGACAUCUGGAUAUGAUGCCAGGAUAAGACCCAACUUCAAAGGUCCUCCAGUCAAUGUUUCCUGUAACAUUUUCAUCAACAGCUUUGGCUCCAUUGCUGAAACUACCAUGGACUACCGAGUAAAUAUAUUCCUCCGUCAGCAGUGGAAUGAUCCUAGGCUUGCCUAUGCUGAAUACCCUGAUGACUCUCUGGACCUGGACCCUUCCAUGUUAGACUCCAUCUGGAAGCCAGAUCUGUUCUUUGCUAAUGAGAAGGGGGCCCACUUUCAUGAAGUCACUACAGACAACAAACUGCUCAGAAUAUUCAAGAAUGGAAAUGUUUUGUAUUCUAUUAGAUUAACAUUAACUCUGUCAUGUCCCAUGGACCUAAAAAACUUCCCUAUGGAUGUCCAGACCUGUAUCAUGCAGCUGGAGAGUUUUGGUUACACCAUGAAUGACCUGAUCUUUGAGUGGCAGGAGAAUGGACCAGUCCAAGUGGCCGAAGGCCUCACGCUCCCACAGUUCAUUCUCAAAGAUGAAUCAGACCUUAGAUACUGCACCAAGCACUACAACACAGGUAAAUUUACUUGUAUUGAGGUGCGGUUCCACCUGGAGCGUCAGAUGGGCUACUACCUGAUCCAGAUGUACAUCCCCUCUUUGCUCAUCGUCAUUCUGUCCUGGGUCUCCUUCUGGAUCAACAUGGAUGCGGCCCCAGCUAGGGUUGCUCUGGGCAUCACCACUGUCCUCACAAUGACAACACAGAGCUCAGGCUCCAGGACUUCACUGCCUAAGGUGUCUUAUGUGAAGGCCAUAGACAUCUGGAUGGCAGUGUGUCUUCUCUUUGUUUUCUCUGCGCUGUUGGAGUAUGCUGCUGUGAACUUUGUGUCGAGGCAACAUAAAGAGCUGCUGAGGUUCAGACGGCAUCACAAGAGCAAGACCAAGAACAGUGGAGGUGCAGUUGAUCCAGAGGAGCUAGCUGAUUCCCUCCGUCGUGUUAACAUUGACAACGGCCUCAAAGCAACAGACCCUCUGCAUGGAUCUAUGAACAACAUCUACACCAGCAACCACAGGGAAGGGGAAGUACAUGAGAGCAGACUGACCUCCACAGCUGCUGUGACCUCCACUCCCAGCAACAGCAAGGACUCCAAGGCCAGCGCUAACAAUGCUGUUAGCACAGUGAACACCCCAGGAGCCACAGCAAACACAACCCAGAGUAUACCUGGAGCAACAGCAGGUGGAGGGGGUAAAAGCACUGAAGAGAUGAGGAAGUUAUUUAUCGACAGAGCCAAAAAGAUUGACACUGUGUCGAGAGCUGGCUUCCCUUUGGCCUUUCUGUUCUUCAAUAUAUUCUACUGGGUACUUUAUAAGAUACUUAGACAUGAAGAUGUACAUAAGCAAUAAAGGAGGAAAGGUAAUAGAUUAUUCAGUAUGUGCACACACACACACACACACACACACACACUCUCUCUCUCACAUCCUUGUACUGCUAUUUACAUGUCAGGACACAUCACCGACUCCCUUCAUUUCCCGCUCCCUUAACCGUGACUUUGAGAAACAUUCAGGAUGACCUCACUUAAAAUAUCCUGAUUUUAAAAAGGGAAAAACUCAUCAUCAGUUCUCACAAACAAUGUACAGGAACAUACCAUACAAAGCCACAUCACCCACCACCCUCUGCAUGAAAGAUAGUUGUGACAGCUACUUUGACCAAGCAAGUGCUUCUAGUUUCUGUUACACAGUUAAUCUCAUCAGAUGAUUAACAGCCUCCACUAGUCACUGAUGUGUUUGUGGAUGAGAGGUAGGGAGAGUGCAGCCUUUAGCUCCUCAAAGGGUACUUUUCAUUUCUCUGAUUUGUCUUUUCUCGCUCCUCACUUGAACCGGAGAUAAUUCCUGUCUGCCAUCUUGCAGGCCAUCCCAGUUAUCUUAUUUGUGCUCCGAGCAUCGACAUGACUGGAGUUACAUACCGGACAGACAGAUAACAGAUUCAACUCAAGUGUGUCACUAUCAUGUUUUAUAUUUAGUUUGUUCUCUGGUUCACCAGCAAGUUAAAUGUGUCAGCCUGACUGCAGGAGAACAAAAGGACCACAAACAACAUUCCUCAUUUUUCUACAAACAACUGUCAACAUUUUUCUUCACGUGGUCUGUUUUAAACAUGUGAGGCUGAUCAUUUGUCAGUGUUGGGGUUCACAUAUUACAGCAUUUCAGUUUCCCUGAAACAUUUAGUGUAUACACAGCUUCCAGUGUCCAGAAGACACCAUCAUCACAUUCUGGGUUAUUAAAUGAGUAUUUCACAAUCAGAAUACACAGGCAAAUAAUGAAUCUCUAUAUAAACACAGUCUGCAAGUUGAAAUGGUUCCUGUGCCCCUGAUACGACACAGUACACAUUAUAAAUACAGAGUCCACAGUAUGAAUACACAGUACACAGUAUAAAUGCUCAGUACACAAUAUGAAUACACAGUACACAGUAUGAAUACACAGUACACAGUAAAAAUGCACAGUACACAGUAUGAAUACACAGUACACAGUAUAAAUAUAUAGUACACAGUAUGAAUACACAAUACACAGUAUAAAUGCACAGUACACAGUAUGAAUACAGAGUACACAGUAUAAAUACAUCAAACCAUAAAACUCCAGAUGGUAGAGUUUCUACAGAUGUCAGCCUUUGAAAAAAUAAAGUGAUCAUCCAACAGAAGUGUUUGUUGUCCACGUCAUAGAUAUUUGAAGAGGUAUAAAAGACAGGAUUGGUUAAAAUGAGGGACACAGACAGAAGCUAAAUAAUGCAGAGUAAUAACUGCAAAAGAAGUCUGUUCUUUAUUUCAAGUCAUCCAAGAGUUCAUCAAGUUCAUCACAGUCUAAUUUCCCAGUGUAGGUCAAAACUAUAUUCACUAUAACUUCUUCAGUCAAAAUCACAUAAAUGUCUGAACUAAUUACAUUUAAACUGCAGACAUACGUUUGAUUUUCAGUUCAUUUCAUGCAGGUAGGCCUAUAUACAUGGACACUGCAGGAAAUCUGUGGAUUGGGCUGUCCAAGUCAUAAAACUAAACAUUGUGAUUAAUAUCAGAAAUCAGGCUGCUGGUGGGUGAAAUAAUACAUGUCAUUAAUGAGGAAAACAUCACAUUACCAGCACUAAAAAGAAAUGAAACAAGUGUGUCUCUCAGUUGACAGAGCUGUGUGCAAUCAGGAACACUGCACAUCAGUUUAACUUUAUUGAUUACUUAAAUCUUUCCACAAGUCUUAGUUCUGUGUUAUAAUUUAAAUAUAGAUACAGAUAAUGGCAUUCUUGGCAUUAAUGUAUCUGUCAGCUUUACAGCUGUUGAAGCCGACUGAGCUGAUCCAGCUUUGAUCAGCUGCAUCCUUCAUCAGAAACUGACAUCACUUCAUGUGACGCUGCAGUGGAAAGGACCUCUCAUUUAUCUUGUGAAUAUAUUUUCGGUCCUCCAGUGGUCUCCGAUUCUCUGAAUCCUUGGUAGGCGGGAGUAAGACUCAAGGAAAAAGGCAAGUGAGGGGAACAUUGACAGAUUUACGAGACAUGAAAAGUACCCUAAGAUUCAGUAGACUCAUCCUGGUCUCCAGAACACAACACUUUUUUCUCAGCAGAGAUUCAUCAAUGUCAAGUUUAAUCUAAUUAAACACACAGGAUGUGCUCUAGUUUAGAUAUCUUAUUAAAUGUCUGGACAGCCGACAUUAGUUUUGUAUUUUUCUAAUCUGCUUUAAGUGAUUUUUGACUGCUAGAGGGCAGAGAGACCUCAGGUGUGCAUAAGACAGUAAACCUACAACAGCAAUGAGUUCUGAAAGCAGAAUAUUUCCUCUCCUACAGGUGGAGUUAUGUUGCACACGCACAUGCAUUUUGACAGAAUAAUUAAUAAUUUACAGACAAGUUUUUAAAAAAGAAAACAAAAAAAACAAUAUUUGAAAAAAGAGUCCAGAGUUCAGCCUUCAGGGAUUCUAACAGUUUUAACAAAGUUUUAUUUCUCAAAUCUGUGAACCCUUAUCCCACAUAAAUCAGCAGAUAUGACCAAAAGGAUCUUUGAAAAAGAACCCCAAAAUCUUUCACUCUUUUCAACAUUGUAAGUCUGUUUGUCCACAGUUUCAUUAAUGUCUCAGGGAAUAAUGCAUUGAUCCACUGUAGUUUGAAAAAGACAAGUGUAUUUAGGUGGCUGGUAUCUAUCUAAACAUCACUGUCUUCAGUUUUCUGAUGGUAGUAAGAUAAAUCAGUCAAUAAAGUCGUUGUUUUUACUUAAAACUACCAAACACUCACAGCACCCCCUUCACAGCACUGCAAAGUUAGUUUGUAUAUAUUUUUUUUUUUUUUAGAAAAAGAUAUUUAAGGGCAAAAAUAAGUCCUUGCAUGGUGUUCUACCUCCCUGAAAUUGUUACUGUGAGACUUCUGACGUAACCUGCAGCUUUUCAGUCCAUUCAAGACUUCAAACACACUAUGUGACAGAGACCAAAGAAGCCUGGGACACUGAGGAGACUGGAUCAAUACUCCACUGACAGACAGUGACCAACUGAAAGCUCCAGAUAUAAGAAGACAACAAAAAUAAGUUUCAUUCAGCUAUGAUAAAACACUGCAGUUACUGUAUGGCUUUGAUCAGUCAGUAACAGAAAGGAGACUCUUGAAGAUGUGAAAUAAUAGGAACCAAAGUAAGACACAGGCACAAACACACACACACUCACAUGGAUUACACACAUUGCCCACUUGUGUCUUAUGGCUGCGUUACCAACGUUGUUUUUGUCCCCAACACCUCACCUGAUAUGUAUCAUUACACCCACACAUGCAUACACACAGCUGUUACCACCAGACCACCCAGUGUACACGACUUGUUGUGAUUAAGCAAUUAACUUGAAAAAAGCUUUAACACAACUACAAUGUGACUAAUGCUACAGCUGCUGGGACUUUCUGGUUCAGCCUCAUAUUCAUUUACACAGCCCUCCUCUGACUCCACAACUUUACAUUCAAAAGACAAAGAGCAAAGAGCAGUUCAUCUCAGAAGCUUCAUCUAUACGUUUUCUGAGUGAUUAGCUAAACUCAAGUGCAAAUUGCAUUCAUGUGAAUGCAUUGUGUAUCAGCAUUUUGCAUUUUGGAGCCAACCCAAUGCCAAAUCAAACAUUAUUUAGACUGAUUAUGUUUGCUGUUGAGUGUCAGUGUUAAAGUAGAGGGAUGCUGGAUGCAGUGAGAGUAAGUGUGAAGAGGACAGGACAUGUGUGUCUUGUGUCCUUUAAUAUCAGUAUCACUCACUGCUAGUAGAAACUCUGACAAGACCUUGGUAUACCAAAUUUUGUAGAUCAAUUUUGUUGCCAUUUCGGUUUAUGAAAUUUUGACUCUGGAGAACAUUUCAGCAGAAGUUUAUUGUGUUUUCUUGGAAAAUGUAAUGCCUGUCAGCUGUGAACAUGAGCAGAUGCUGAAACAUUCAGACUGUUCAUGGAGCGGUCUGCAGAGCUCGCUGUGCUCUAGUAUUACAUGAUGUGCUUUCUAUCGACUGAGACAGCCAGAAGUGCUUUAAAUCUGUGCAACGCAAAAUGAGUGCUCCAGUGACUUUACUGCUUUAGCCCUAUUAUACCAGUUACAUUUAAUUUACUGCCAAACCUUAUGAAAGCAUGCUGUAGUAUUUUAGUUUUUUUGACUUGUGAAACUUGCUUGUGCUAUGCCACUUGUCACUGCAACCAUAAAUAGUGUUUCCACCAAAGGGUAUAGUACCCUUAUAACCCUUACCUAACCCAUACCAACCAAGUAAGUAUUUGUGAUGUUCACACGCAUGCAUCUAGAAGUGAAUUUACACUUGAUGAAUAAAUACAAACUUUUUUGCUCCCA